AUGAAGCUCUCUUUCUCUCUCCCUUCCAAAUCAAAGCCCAAAGUCACAGCGACCUCCGACGAUACCAACGCCGUUAAUGACGGUAACAGUAAACAGUUCGUAACGGAAUUCGAUCCGUCGAAAACCCUAGCCGAUUCCGUUCCCAAACACGUUAUUCCUCCGAUCGAGAACACAUGGAGGCCUCACAAGAAGAUGAAGAACCUCGACCUCCCGUUCCAAUCCGGUAACGCCGGUUCCGGCCUCGAAUUCGAGCCGGAGGUUCCUGUAACCGAUUCGAACUCCGAUAACAUCACCUACGGUUUGCAAUUGCGUCAGAAACCCAAGGAAGACGGUGCUAACGACGAGACCGGAGAUCGGAAAUUAGCUCCGGUGGAGCAGCUUAUGCUACAGAGUUUGAGGAGAGAUCUGGAGUCACUCGCCGAUGAUCCGACGUUAGAGGAUUUCGAGAGCGUUCCUGUUGAAGGAUUUGGAGAGGCGUUGAUGGCUGGAUAUGGAUGGAAGCCUGGAAAAGGAAUUGGUAAGAAUGCUAAAGAGGAUGUUCAGAUUAAGGAAUUAAAAAAAUGGACUGCUAAAGAAGGAUUAGGUUUCGAUCUGGAUAAGUCUAAGGCUAAAGUGAAAGAAAGUGUGAAGCUUGAUAAUAAUAAGCCAAGAGAUGUUAAUGGUGGAGAUUUGUUUUUCGUUGGGAAAGAAGUGAGAAUCGUUGCAGGGAGAGAUGUAGGGUUAAAGGGUAAGAUUGUAGAGAAACUUGGGAAGGAUAUGUUUGUUUUGAAGCUCUCUGGAAGUGAAGAUGAAGUGGAAGUCGGUGUGAAUGAGGUUGCGGAUUUGGGUUCUAAGGAAGAAGAAAAGUGUUUGAAGAAGCUAAAAGAUUUACAAUUGAAAGAUAAGAAAGUGAGUAAAGGCAGUAGAGGAGCAGAGAGAGGAAGUAGAAAGGAAGUUAGAGUCAGUGAGAAGGAGGAUAAUAGAGGGCAAACAAGAGAGAGGAAGAAGCAGCCGUCAUGGCUAAGGAGUCAUAUAAAGGUGAGGAUAGUGAGCAAGGACUUGAAAGGUGGGAGAUUGUAUCUUAAGAAAGGGAGAGUUGUUGAUGUUGUUGGACCAACGACUUGUGAUAUAACUAUGGACGAGACGCAAGAGUUGGUUCAAGGGGUUGAUCAGGAGUUGCUGGAGACGGCAUUGCCUAGGCGAGGAGGUCCGGUUCUGGUUUUAUCCGGGAAGCAUAAGGGCGUCUAUGGGAAUCUGGUUGAGAAAGAUUUGGAUAAAGAAACUGGUGUGGUUCGUGAUUUGGAUAACCACAAGAUGCUUGAUGUUAGACUUGAACAAGUUGCUGAGUACAUGGGUGAUAUGGAUGAUAUGGAAUACUAA